CCUUUCCCAAAGCACAACCACAUAAGCACCUGACGCACCUCGACUCACUUCGACCACGGUUUACUACAACCCUGACGCCACGCCUUCCCGAUAAAUACCAGAAAGCAAAAACUACCCCCCCAAAUCAAAAAUUUCUCACCACUUCACCCACACCCUCAAAACCAUGGCCCGCGGCACCGCCCGUGGCGGGGGCUCCCGCAAUCCCGCCAAUCAACCGCGCGCCGUCCAGGUUUCGCGCAAAGUCAGCUGGCUUCUGCGUCACGGCGCUGCGUCUGAGGGCCUGAAGCUCGGGAAGGCUGGGUACGUCAGCGUGGCGGCAGCACUGGACACGCGGAGUCUCAAAGCGCUGCAAGUAUCGUUUGAAGAGCUCCGGGAAGUCGUUGCGACAAACGACAAGCAGCGGUUCUCCAUGGUGCGUGCCGCGACGCUGGAGCAGGGCGAGGACGAGGCGGGUCAAGAGGCGGGCAACGACGACAGCGAUCCCGCCGCCUGGCUGAUCCGCGCAAACCAGGGCCACAGCAUCAGCGUCGACACGGACGGGCUGCUCACCCCGAUCACGCCCGAGGCCGGGAACGUCCCCGCGGUGGUCGUGCACGGCACCGACGAGCGCGCGUGGCCGCUCAUUCUCAGGGGCGGCGGCCUGCGCCGCAUGACGCGGACCCACAUCCACUUCGCGUCCGGGCUGCCGGCCGGAUUCGCACCGCUCGAAGCAUCCGCCGGCGAGGCCGCUGCGCCGGUCAUCUCGGGCAUGCGCGCGAGCUCCUCGGUGCUGGUGUACGUCGACAUCCGCGCGGCGCUCGCCGCCGGGAUCAAGUUCUUCGUGUCCGAGAACGGGGUCAUCCUGUCCGAGGGGAAUGAGGAGGGGGUGCUGCCGUACACGUUCUUCGCGCGCGUGGAGAGUCGGAAGAAGGAGGGGGGCGUGCUGAUGAGCGAGGGGAGGUUGCCCGAGGGCGUGGUGGUGGAUGUGGAGGAGUGGGAGAAGGAGAUGAAGAAUGUGGGUGGGAAGAGGGGCGGGAGAGGGGGGAGAGGGGGACGCGGCGGGGGGCGCGGCGGGAGAGGAGGUGGGAAGGCGAGGGCAAAUGACGAUUCGAGGGACUUGUUGGCCGGGGAGGAGAAGGCUGAUGGUUGA